AUGGCUGAUCCUCCGACACACGACGACGAGUUCGUUUCAUUCAUCAAGCAGCGAAUAGAUCACAAGAUCAAGCAGUUUGAAAAAUGCACAUGGGAAUCGACGCAGAUGAAGAUGACCUCCAUCGCCAAUGAGCGUCAGGAAACCAAGAAGCAGAUAUAUUCGCUCUUGGAAACAGCGACCAUAUGCUCCCCCUCGCAACAGACGCAAGAGUUCUGCCAGAAAAUGGAAGCACAUCUGAAUGACUUAGCAAGCAGUGCACAUUGCGGCUUCAACAAACGCAUUGAGGUUGACGAUGGAGUCAUCAACAUCUCGUUUGAACCACUCUCGACUGCCGACGUCGUGCCUGAAGGCAAGACUCCGGAAACAAGCUCUUCUAUUCGACGCUCUUCCUUACAGGACAGCAUACACGUAGCACCACCGACUCUUCCAUCCAACAGAACAAAGCUUGAAGAUCGCGACACAUCGCGCACGGUUUCGGGCCAAAGAAAGCGCGACCGGAACAGCUCAGGGGAGCCUUUGCAUUCGAAACGACGACAAAAGUCCGACAAACGACCGACAGGUGUAACCCCAACUCCUCCGGAAGAAAUACACGAAAACCACCAAGGACUGAUGUGCCAUACCCCUCCAAACUGGCCGAUAAUAACGAGACAGUCCGUCGGCGAGGAGUACUUGUUCGAAUUUCCUUUCGAGAGCAACAGGAUAUGGGUGUUAAGAUGUCCACUGUGUCCAAACCAGAGGUUCAAACUGAUCGGGGCCGAUAUUAAAUGGGCCACAAAGCACAACAGCAAGUUCAACUUCUGGAAAGUGCGGGAUCCUCAGUUCCAGGUCCGAUACCCCUACAUCAACCCGCCUGAUCGGAAACCUGGCGCGGAACGACAGCCAGAUCGGACCGCGCCCACACCAGCCAGGCCAUUGUCUGGUGGAGGACAGUCCAACGGCCCGAGCAGAAACCAUACACCAAGACAGCCAAACAAGGCGGACUGUGGUCGUGGAAACCAAGUCGUGUUCCAAGACGAUGUAAGUGGAGUCACUCAGGAUGGCAAGAUAGUCAAGAGGAAACCAAGCUAA